AUGGUCAGCUUCACGAUAAUGUUGUGCUCUUUAAGAGACAGAAAUGGUGCAGGUUCCGAGUACUUGGUUGCGGAGAGACUCACCGACUGCUCAGGAAUACCGAGUCUGCAUGGCCAUGCGAAUGGGGACUACGAUCCCAAAGCAGCGGUGUGGCCGGGCGCUUCCGUUAUGUCUUUGUGCACCCCGUAUAUCCUUGAAGCAUUGCUCGAAAACUUUCCGAAUGAUGCAAUCGUGGGGAUCUUAGGUGCUCCCAUAAACCCCGAAGACGCGCUGCUGGAAUCAAUACCUUUGGAUUGA